GCAACGCAGAUUUUCCUUCGCUUCGAAGGCACCUCUCUCUCUCUCUCUCUCUCGCUCUGUGUUUUCAGUUUUCUGCGAAAUUCACCGAUGCUAGAAUCAGAGCUUCACGAUUUGUCCGACGAUGCCGAUUACGCUGCGUCGCAGCAACAAGGAUCGGCAAGCAUGAUGCUGGAGAGCGACAGAACCAAACAGAGCUCCUCGUCUAGUGAUCGGGACGGUGCUGAAAUUGUAUAUUCGAAGGACAAUGUAGCAAUUCAUCCGACUCAGUUCGCCUCCGAAAGAAUUAGUGGAAGACUGAAGUUGAUUAAGCAAAGCUCUUCCUUGUUUAUGACUUGGAUACCUUACAAGGGGAAUAGCUCAGAGGCCAGUUUGUCUGAUAGAGACAGAAAACUUUACACCAUAAGGGCGGUGCCCUUCACUGACAUCAGGUCCAUCCGGAGGCAUAAUCCUGCUCUUGGAUGGCAAUAUAUCAUUGUUGUUCUAUCGUCAGGACUUGCUUAUCCUCCACUAUACUUCUAUAGUGGAGGAGUCAAAGAAUUCCUUGCUACAAUAAAGCAACAUGUUCUUCUUGUGAGGUCUGCAGAAGAUGCAAACAUUUUCCUUGUGAAUGAUUUUCAGAAUACACUGCAGAGAACUUUGUCCUCCUUGGAGCUGCCCAGGGCUGUUUCUCUUGCAUGCGGACCUUCAAAUAUGUCAGUUGAUGAAUCCACUUUGAAUGAGAACCAAGAGGGGGCUGAUAGUGAUAUCAAUAAUGGAAGUGCCAGUGUUACUCAGUUCCAUGGGAGACCAAGGCAUAAAGUUCAUGAUCCUCGGGACAUCUCUAUUCAUGUUUUAGAGAAGUUCUCUCUUGUCACAAAAUUUGCCCGUGAAACAACUUCACAACUCUUUGGUGAAAACCAGAGUAAUGGAUUUAGUGCCAAUGAGAGGAGAACCCAUAUCCAGACUAACCUUGAUCAUCCUAAGAAGCCUUCCAAUGUUGCAGGAAACAUUUCUGAUGAAAGUCCUGUUGUCUCAGAUUCUCUACGGACUUUCAUCAUAACUAAACAGAAUGUUUCAUGUUUGAAACAUGAACAUGGUGAGAAAGCUGCCACCAGUGUGGGAACUUUUGAGCUUAUCAGUUGUAAGGAGUUUGAUAAUUUAUCACUAGUAUGGGGAAAACCGCGGCAACCUCCUUUAGGUUCUGAAGAGUGGAUUACCUUCUUGGAUUUUGAAGGGCGAGUCACAGAUUCAGAAGCUUUCAGAAAGAGAAUAUUUUAUGGUGGACUUGACCACAAAUUACGAAAUGAGGUUUGGGGUUUGCUUUUGGGAUACUAUUCAUAUGAAUCAACAUAUGCUGAGAGAGAAUACCUGAAGUCAGUUAAGAAGUCGGAGUAUGAGACCUUAAAGAACCAGUGGCAGAGUAUCUCCUCGGCACAGGCUAAAAGAUUCACAAAAUUUAGGGAAAGGAAAGGUCUUAUUGAGAAAGAUGUGGUGAGGACUGAUAGAUCACUUGCUUUCUAUGAGGGGGAUGACAAUCCAAAUGUUAAUGUUCUGCGAGAUAUCCUGUUGACAUAUUCAUUCUACAACUUUGAUCUUGGUUAUUGUCAGGGAAUGAGUGAUCUUCUGUCUCCAAUAUUGUUUGUGAUGGGUGAUGAAUCAGAGGCAUUUUGGUGUUUCGUUGCUCUAAUGGAACGUCUUGGACCCAAUUUUAAUCGUGACCAAAAUGGCAUGCACUCACAACUUUUUGCAUUAUCUAAGUUGGUGGAAUUGCUGGAUGGUCAAUUGCAUAACUAUUUUAAGCAGCGUGACUGCUUGAAUUAUUUCUUUUGUUUCCGCUGGAUUUUGAUUCAAUUCAAAAGGGAGUUCGACUACGAGAAAACAAUGCGCUUGUGGGAAGUGUUAUGGACACAUUAUCCGUCUGAGCAUCUGCACCUGUAUGUAUGUGUCGCAGUCUUGAAACGAUACCGUAAUAAAAUAAUGGGAGAGGAAAUGGACUUUGACACCCUUUUGAAGUUUAUAAAUGAGCUAAGUGGUCACAUUGACCUUGAUGCAACACUCAGAGAUGCAGAGGCUCUAUGCAUAUGCGCUGGUGAGAACGGUGCUGCUCAUAUACCACCUGGAACCCCACCAUCGUUGCCUGUUGAUGAUGGUUCGUUUUACGCCCAACAAGAUGAAGUGUUGUAAAUAAAUUCACUAUUUCAUAUAUUUUUUAGUGAUACAUGAAUAUAUGAACCUCAUUUUGUAUUUCCUGGUUUGGUUAGAAUACGGUGUUUAGCGCAUAUUAAAUGCAUUUCUUCAUUAUAUAUGUACCCUUGAAUCAAAGUGCAUCAAUUGCCAUUGAAUUUGUC